AAAAAAAAGAGACACAAGAACAUCAUCGCACAGGAGCGACUAGAUGUUCGUUGUUUGUUGUUGUCGUGGUGGCGGUGAAUAAAAUUUAAUUAUUUCUUCCCGAGAUUCAUCGUUACAUGGGAUUACCGUCAAUAUGAUCGAGAACGAGACGAACUGGGGCACCGAACUCUGGGACCAGUACGACAAUUUGGCGACGCACACGCUGAAGGGUAUCGAAUUCCUCGAGAGGUUCGGACAUUUCAUCAGAGAUCGGGCGACCAUCGAAACGGAAUACGCCAACAAACUCAGACGACUGGCAAAGACGUACCAACCCAGGAAAAAGGAUGAGGAGGAAAACCAGUGAGUGUAAAAUCUAUAUGCAAUAUACAACAACAACAACGACAACAAAAAAAUACCCAAGAUGUAAAUCGCGACGUCGGCACUAUUAUAAUAAGAACAGAACCUUGGUACACUUUGCGUGUUUCCAGUAAAAUAAAAUUUAAAAAAAAUUGUUCAAGGCAACAUUACAUUACACAG